GCACUGUCAAACGAACUUUUGUUGUUCUAUAAAUUGCUGGACGUUUCAAUAGUCUUCGCUUAUAGCUAUUGGCUGCAACCAGCGAAAUAAUUUUUGUGAAGUACAAGUAAAUAAUUCACAGCUUAUAAAUAUAUUGCGCAUAUAGAUUUGGCAAUGUCAUCAAGUGUGGCUCAGUAAAUAUACAUAUACGCGUCAACAUCUAACAAACAAAAAAACAACAACAAUGGUUAAUUUGACCUUGUUGUUUCUAACGCUAGCACUUUGCGUGGCCAGCACUGUGCAGCGACAAUUGAAGCUGGAAGAAGACAUUAACGUGCAUCAGAAUUUGGAGCAACAACAAGAUCCGAGCAUAGUGCAUUAUCAGCCAGAGCAAGUGCAUCUAGCGUUUGGAGAGCGCACCGCCAGCGAGAUCGUUGUCACUUGGUCAACGCGCGAGCUACCGCCUUCUGCCGACAGCAUUGUCGAAUAUGGAUUGACAGAUCUUAAGCAGCGCGCCUAUGGAAAGGCCAUUAGAUUUGUGGAUGGCGGUCCCAAGCAGAUGGCUCAGUACAUACACAGGGUUACGCUGAGUCAGCUUAAACCCAACAGCAGCUAUGUCUAUCACUGCGGCAGUGAGUACGGUUGGUCGGCCAAAUAUCAAUUCCGCACGAUUCCCAGCGCCGAUUCCGAUUGGUCGCCUUCGCUGGCCAUUUACGGGGAUAUGGGCAAUGAGAACGCACAGUCGCUGGCCCGGCUGCAGCGAGAGACGCAACUGGGCAUGUACGAUGCGAUCAUCCAUGUGGGUGAUUUUGCCUACGACAUGAACACAAAGGAUGCUAGAGUGGGUGACGAGUUUAUGCGACAGAUCGAAACGGUGGCCGCCUAUCUUCCCUACAUGGUAGUUCCAGGCAAUCACGAGGAGAAGUUCAAUUUUUCCAACUAUCGGGCACGAUUCAGCAUGCCGGGCGGCACAGAAAAUCUCUUCUAUAGUUUCGACCUGGGCCCGGUGCACUUCAUUGGCAUAUCCACGGAGGUGUACUACUUCCUUAACUAUGGUGUAAAGACGCUCGUUUUUCAAUACGAGUGGCUCAAACGUGAUUUGGAGGCGGCAAACAAACCAGAGAAUCGUGCUAAGCGACCUUGGAUUAUCAUCUAUGGCCAUCGGCCCAUGUACUGCAGCAAUGAGAACGACAACGAUUGCACCCACUCGGAGACAUUGACCCGAGUCGGCUGGCCAUUCGUGCAUAUGUUCGGAUUGGAGACGCUGCUCUAUGAGUACGGCGUGGAUGUGGCCAUAUGGGCGCACGAGCAUUCUUACGAACGCCUCUGGCCCAUUUAUGACUACAAGGUGCGCAAUGGAUCGCUCGGUUCGCCCUAUGAGAAUCCACGUGCACCGGUGCACAUUAUCACCGGCUCGGCGGGCUGCAAGGAGGGGCGCGAGCCCUUCAAGGGCAAGAUACCCGAGUGGAGCGCCUUCCAUAGCCAGGAUUAUGGUUAUACGCGUCUCAAAGCACACAAUGCUAGCCAUUUGUACUUUGAACAGGUGUCCGAUGAUCAAGGAGGCGCCAUCAUUGACAGCUUCUGGCUAAUUAAAGCCCAGCAUGGGGCAUACAACGAUCUUUAAGCGGUCCAUUUGGUUAACUAAAUACAACUUAAAAACACAUCCACACAACUGUAGUAACUGACAGUAUUACGAACGCACAUUCUACAAUAUAUAUAGCUCAAUUUCUAACUUAUUUGAUAAGGGAAAUCACCCAUUUGUCCCCUCAUUGCAAUUGCAAUUGCAACCACAACUGUUGCCCAGUACAAGCCCCUGAACAAACUGUAUUUGAUAACUGUAAACACUCCUUAAAAUUAGCCAAUUUUAUUUGUAUGUUUUUUUACUUUUAAUAUGUAAUAAUAUGUGUAUCUUGCUGUGUGUUGCCUAAAUGUCUAUACACAUAUAUGAGUAUCAGAAGGCUAUCUAAUAAUAUGUCA